AUGUCAUACUCCCAGUACGUCAACAAAGAGAUCGAGACGCAGAGCGCUCACAGAAAGGAUAAUGCGAUACCGGUGGAAUUUGAAAAACGAAAUGAAUUCUUCAUUGACGCCAAAUCACGUAAAUAUGAUCAACAAUACUUUUCAAUGUACCAGUAUCGCUACAAUAGAUUACACCAACGAGCUUUGUCAAAUGCGAUGAAGAAAUGGGGCGAUGGAACCAGGAAAGUUGACGGACAGGCGAUUGUGAAACAAGAAAAGAUUUUGGAUAUAGAAGGUGGUAAACUCUGUUGGGUUAUUGGAACUGUGUUUGUUGAUGCCAAGUAUAAACUAAAUAUAUUGAAUGAUGUCGAAAAGGGGACAGAUGAUGUUUUGCCAUUAGAACCAGUUUCAUAUUUGGAUAACAAUGAGCAGCCGAUAGUUAUGUUGGAGGAUGAAUCAGGUAGGGCUAUUUUGCACAACGAAGAGUUUUUACAGAAUAAUUUAUUGGUGACAGGGUGUAUUGUUGGUGUUUUGGGGAUUGAAAUACAAGCUGGUAUAUUUGAGAUUAUGGAUGUUGUUUAUCCGGAAUGUGCGCCGCAAAAACCACUUAAAGAUAGUGCAAGGUCGGGUAAAAUUGCAAUAGUGUCUGGCUUGAAUAUAGGUUUGGAAGGACAUUACGACCUCAAGCUUGAGCUUCUCAAACAGUACUUGAUUGGUGAGCUUGGUGGUGACGAGGACAAGCAAUUCAAUAGUAAUAUAUCCCAGCUAAUCAUUGCUGGUGAUUCUGUCGAACCAUUACAGACGAUCGAUGAAGAAGAGGAUUUGAAGAAUUACAUCACUACAAACAACUAUGGAUCAAAGAAUAUCUCCAAAUACAACAAUGAGUCCUUGACGCAGCUAGACCAAUUUAUAAGUGAGCUAAUUACAUCAAUGUCCAUUACAGUGAUGCCAGGAGACCAUGAUCCAGCAGAAAUAUGUCUUCCUCAACAACCGUUGCAUAAAUCGCUUUUCAAAUCCAACCAGUCCGUGCUUGGAAGUGAGAGAUUAAGCCGAUUGACAAACCCCACUUGGCUUGAUGUCAAUGGAUUGAGGAUGUUGGGAACUAGUGGUCAAAAUGUUAAUGACGUAAAGAAAUACGUGGCACGACAGUCAGAUUCAGAUUCAAUGAAAAUUAUACGUGCUAGUAUGAAAUGGCAAAAUUUCGUGCCUACAGCUCCAGACACACUAUACUGUUACCCAUUUGAUAACUGCGACCCAUUUGUUUUGGAUUCAGAACUACCUCAUGUAUACUUUGUUGGCAAUCAAGACAAGUUUGAAACUGAUGUUUACAAAUGUCCUGAUUCCGGCGCUCAAGUGCGGUUGAUCAGUGUACCACAAUUUGGGUCUACUGGUGAAGUUGUGAUCCUAGAUUUGAGUACAUUAGAGACAGAGGUAGUAAUGAUAGAAAUAUAG